UCAUGCGCACCAUGCUUUGAUCAGUUCAUUGUAAAAUCUUUCAUCUCUCUUUUGACAGAAACACACACACACAUAUAUAUAUAUAUAAUGUCAGGUGUGUGGGUGUUCAAGAACGGCGUCGUCCGGCUGGUGGAGAACCCCGGCGACUGUCCCCGCCGGAAACUGCUAGUCCACUUGCCGACCAACGAAGCCAUUACAUCAUACGAAGUUCUUGAAAGGAAACUGUUGUCUCUUGGGUGGGAGAGGUACUAUGAUGAUCCUGACCUUCUGCAGUUCCACAAGAGGUCAACAAUUCACCUCAUUUCCCUUCCCAGGGACUUCUCCAAGUUCAAGUCCAUUCACAUGUACGACAUCGUUGUCAAGAAUCGCAACGAAUUUGAAGUUAGAGACAUGUGAUCGAUGAUCGUGUAUAUAUAUAUGUGUUCUCUGCUUUUCUAGGAUUUCCUCGGUGUGCUUUUGUUUUUCUUUGAAGUUGAUCAGUUAAUUGUGUUUUGAAGGGGUCUGUGGAAUUUAGGUUAUUCAUAGUUUGAGAGAGUGUUUGUUGAUUAAUAUGUGGAUAAUCAUGGUACAUAAAUAUAUAUAUAGUUUGAAAGUACAAAGGGCUCUUGCUUCCUUAAUGCUCUCGAGGUAUUGUAAAGUGUGUAAGAAUGCAAUGGAAGUCUAUGUUUGAAUUGUGUGUGCUCAAAA